AUGGAGAUGAAGACCGGCGGCUACAUCGCGGGCAUCUUGCGCCCCAUCAUCGAGAAAGUUGGCCCCAAGAACGUCGUUGCCUUGUGUAUUGACGGCGGCUCCAACUACGCGGCGGCAUGCAGGGAGUUGAUGACGGAGUAUCCCCACGUCGAACACAUCCCUUGCACGACCCAUGUCCUUGAUCUCCUGAUGGAGGACAUCGGGAAAAUGGGAUGGGCGAAGGACAUCGUCACGCGCGGGGACACCCUCAUCUCGUUCGUCCGCAACCAUCACUUCACCCGUGGAUACAUGCGGAGCGAGCUCGUGAACGGCGGCAAGGCGAAGCAGGUUCUCAAGCCCGCGGGAACCCGAUUCGGCACCAACUACAUCGCCAUUAACCGCCUCUGUGAAGUGCGUGCCGGCCUGACGCAGAUGGUCCUCAGCGAUGAGUGGCGCGAGUGGACAACGGCUGCAAAGAGGUUUGGGGCAGAUACCUUCAAAGACAACAUCAUCGAUGCCACGUGGUGGACGCGCACCGAUUUCUUCGCGAAGCUGAUGAAGCUCCUGUUCGUCGUCAUGCGCAAGACUGACUCGGAUGCGAAGGGCAUGAUGGGUCAUCUCUACGACCUUACGCUCCAGCUCACCGAGGACAUCCGCGACUUCCUCAACGAGCAUGCGGAAGGGGUCCUGCCAAGGGGAGAGGUGGGGGGGAUUCGGAAGAUCGUGCAGGACCACUGGGACAAUGGGCUGGCGUGCAACAUGCACGUGGUUGGCCGCAUCCUCAACCCGACCAACCAGGAAGAGGGCAUCUUCCGCACCGACCUGGAGUGCACGAGGGUCUUCAAGCAGUACGUGUCCAAGCACUACGACGACCAGACGAUCACCAGGCCUGCAGCGCCCAUCCCUGCCGUGAAGCAGCAGCAAGGAGGUGCAGCAGCAGCAGCAGCAGCAGCAGCAGCAGCAGCAGCAGCAGCAGCAAGCACCCGGUGUUUUCUAUUGGCAAUCGUGUGGGCCCACCGCCCUGUGUGCUCCACGCCCUCCCCCCACUGGGCUCUCUCCUCCCCAUCGUCUGCCUCGUCUCCCACCCGCACCACCUGCUGCUCCGCCUGCUCCCCCCCCUCCGUGCCUCGACCCGUUCGCCUCACACACAGGGGAGCAGAGGAAGCAGGGGAGCAGGGGAAGGAGGCGGGAGGGGAGGAGAGGGCACGGGAGGGGGUUGUGCCGAGCUGGGUGCUGCUGCAGAUGGUGCGCGGGGCAUGGAAGCAGGAGGGCGAGUGGGUGGGGCUGCUGGGCGGUGAGAGCAGGGUUAGCCCUGUGAAGGAGCACUAUGCUGACGUGGCGCACGUGAUGAGGAGGUAUGCAGAAAGGGAGGCAUGUGGGGAUGCACUGACACGCAUGGGCGCGCUUGCUCAGUGUUCAAGCACAGCUGCCAUCACAAGGGUAGCGCGACCACUGCAGCCAUACUCCACUCUCCGCCAAAUAUACUGCCACCCUCAAGUACCUUACCGCUUCUGCUGUGCCGCCCGGGUCAUCUACGCGUCUCACCUGCACCCCCGCCACUUCACCGCAUUCUUGGCCCCCAAGCCCCGCCCUGCUUCCGCGGCUUCCCCCGCCGCUCCCUCUGCCUCCCCUGCACCUCCCUUGGGGACUCCCUCCCCCAUGAAUGCCAUGAAUGGGCGAAUGAGGGCUGAUGAGAGGCAUGCGGGUACAAGUAACGGUGGCAGUGAUGGCAGUGGGGAAGGUGGUGGUGGUGAUGGUAGUGAGGGGACCAAUGUGCGUGAAGUACAUGGGGAGACGAGGAGCAAGGGUGUGCAGGUGGAUGGAGAGAUGGUUCGGGGUAAGCGGAAGAGGCAGGGAUGGGAAAAAAGAGGGGGUGUGGACAGGGACAGAGGAAAGGCAAAUCAGGGGGAGCAGGAGGGGGGAUGCGGGGGAGCAAGUGGGGGGGGGAAGCAGUGGGCAGCAGGGCUGGUGUUGGUGCUAGAGGAGUGCACUGGCCGCCUGCUCGUCCGCCUUGCUGCUCACCAUGCUCGCCCACCUCUCCCCAUGCUGCCCACCCCUGUGUGCCCCAUACAGGAGCACUUCUUCGCUGCCUCUGCCAGGGUCCUCCGCAACCGCCCUCACAUGGCUGCUAGAGCAGCGCAUGGCAUGGCGGCUCUGCUUGCUGCCCCCGCCGCCUCCUGCUCCCCUGCACCUGACCAUGGGGUUGCAGGUGGAGCAGCAGCACCAGGAGCAGCAGCAGGAGGAGCAGCAGGAGCAGCAGCAGCAGGAGCAGCAGCAGGAGCAGCAGGAGCAGCAGCAGGAGCAGCAGGAGCAGCAGCAGGAGCAGCAGGAGCAGCAGCAGGAGCAGCAGCAGGAGCAGCAGCAGCAGCAGGAGGAGCAGCAGCAGCAGGAGCAGCAGCAGGAGCAGCAGCAGCAUCUGUUGCACUCCUGAAACUGGAGAAGGCAUAA